CAAAACCAUACUUGAGCAAUUUUCAAAACUUGAACUUUUACUUUCAUUUGGCGCGUUUGUUUGUAAACAAGUAGCACCUUCGCAUUGAAAGAUCGACAUGAAAUUAUUUUAUUUUAAUUAAUUCCUCCUAGUUUCAUAUAUUAUUAUAAUGACAUCACCGAAAGAUAAUACAGAAGUUAUUCGUAUGCUGAGAGACGUGAAAAAUUCUAUAUGGAAAUCAUUAACUCCAAUGAAAUCUAUUGAACAUGAUUAUAAGAAUUAUGUAUCAGGUUUAAAAGGCUCCGUUGCUGGCCCAAGUCAUAUUUAUCUUCCUAAUACUGCAACUAAAUUAAACUUUAGUGGUUUGGAAGAUUCACGCUGUUACUCAGAUUCAUCAUCUUUUUUAAAAAUGGAAACACCUGAUUCAUUGAAAAGAAAAUUGGUUAGUGCAGAAGUAGAAUUGCAAGCUUCUCAAGCAAAACUAAAAGAGCGAGAAUCUUUAAUUAGCGUCAUGGAGCCUGCUAAUAAAAAAAUUUGUCUCAGUUUGGAGUCCAAGCUUGAAGAAUGUCGAAAGCAAAAUGAAAUUGAUUCUCAAAAGAUUGAAGAAUUGCAAGCACAAUUAAGAUGGGCAAAGAAGCAAGCUGCCAGUGCUAAAAGUCAACUUCAUGAAUUUGAGUAUUCUAAAAAGGUAGAUCGUGAUCAGCUAGAAAUGAAACUAUUAGCUAUACAACAAGAAUGUAGCAACUUAAAAGUUGAGUUAGCAGAUGUCAAAAGUGAAAAAACUGAAGCUGUACGAAAAUUGAAUAUGGAAAUUGGAAAAUUAGAGUUAAAAGUUAGCAUGCUUACAGAAGAAGCAGAAAAAUCUCAAUCUUAUAUUGAUAGUCUUAAAAAGAAAAAUAGUGACAUGGCUGAACAAGUGGCUUUAUGCAACACUUUACAAAAAGAAUUAAUAGAAGCUAAUGAUAGAAUAAAGACUCUCGAAAAUAAAAUUGAAGCGGAUAAGGAUGCUGCAUUAAUUGUAGCUAGCAGGCAGUCUGAUUUAAAUACUUUGAAUGAAUUACAAAAAGAAAACAGAAUAAUGAAAGAAGAACUCAGCCAAUAUAAAGAAAACAACAUUGCUUUGUAUCAGGAAAAAAUGUGGAGCAUGCAACAAAAGCUGACACAAGCAGAACAAAAGUGUGUAGCUGUUGCUAAGUUACAGGUAGAAAAUGAGCAACUGAAAAUGAAACUUAAUCAGUGGGAAAAUCUUUUUGAUGAUAAAUCAACUGCAUAUAAGUCACCUACAUCAUUUUCACGACGAUUGUCACAGUAUCAACAGAAUGAAGCUGUUCUGACUAAUAAAUUGUCUCAAUUGUCAUCUUACUCUGAAACUCUUGAAAAGCAAAUGAAGGAAAAAGAGAAUGAAAUAAAAUCUCUAAACUACAAAUUACAGAUUUCCCAAGAUAAUUUAUCUCGCCAGGAUUCAGUUAUCAAGCGCCUUCAGAGAAAAGCAAUGUUUCUUUCCAAAGAAAAAGAUCAUUGUAGGAAAGCAUUGGAUUCUUAUCUUGCUGAAUCUACAAUAAGUGGAGUUGCUAUGAAUUCAGAGGAAAUAAGCCAUUUAGAAGAAAUGAAUAUGGAAUAUAAAAAUGCAUUGGAAAAAGUUGAAAAGGAAGUUGAUAUUUUAACUGAGAAAUUGAAGCAAUUGAGUGAUUCUCAUGGACCUGAUGAUCAUGCUAUUGAAUUAAGAAAAUUAAAAGAAGAAAAUGUUUCUCUAAAAUCUCAAAUUGUAGAGCUACAAAAAGAUGCCCAAAUUAGAACCAUAAAGCAGCAAGAAAUGGUGAAAACUGAUACUAGUAGUGCCUCUAGGAUUCUACAUAUGCGCUUCAAUCCACUAGAUGAUGCAAACCAAAGACAUUUUCAGAUAUUUCAAAAAUUGAAAGAAGAAAAUGAUGUACUGAGAAAAAGAGUUCAAGUCCUGGAAGAAGAAGGCUCUGCAGCAGGAGAUGUUACAAUGAAGGUUAAGCAAAAAUUAGAAACAGAGGGAGCAGAUUCUACUCUACAAACUCUAAGGGAACAGCUACAAGCAGCUGAAAGACAGCGUCGAUACAUUCUAGAUAAUGCUCGUAUCAAAGCUACUGAAUUCAGGGAAGCUGUUUAUCAGUUAACUGGUUAUCGUAUUGAUGUCCCAACAUCAGAGACUUUUAAGUUGUCUCAUGUCUAUGCCAACUCCAGAGAUGAUUAUUUACUUUUCAAGGUUAAUGCUCAAGGUAUCUUGUUGAUUGAAACUGAGUAUUCAAAGCAGCUGACAGAACAAAUGCAAUUAUAUCUUCAUAAAUUUGACAGCUUUCCUGCAUUUUUAGCUAAUCUCACAAUGGAGUUGUUUAACCAACAGACUUUUAUGUUGGAGCAGUGAAAUAUUGUUCAAAUGCAUGUUUGAAAAAGUUAUCAUAUUUUGCAUAAUCAAAUUAUGGAUAUUUUUACUAAAUGUAUUUUCUUAUAAUAAACUUGUACAUAAAUAAA